UCUAACUUCUAAGAACUAAACUUGCUAAUAGGAUUAGUUCUGCUUCUACAUAACAAACAACAGUUCAUAUAGAGCAUCCACGUGAUUCCCUUCGGAAGAUUGAUGGACCCGAUCACUGAGCAGGAGACGGCGGAGUGUGUUGGCAGAUGAGGCAGUGGUCGGAACCGCCGAGGACCGGAAGAAGAACGCCGCGGCCACAUCUGCUGCAGAAGGCAGUGGUCGGGAACGCCGAGGACCGGAGCAAGAACGGCGCGGCCACAUCUGCUGCAGGAGGAGGGGAUUCUGGAACGAUGGUUGGUGGAGGUGUUGAGGCCGAAUUCGGGGAGGAUUCUGGUGGUGGUGUAUUAUUCUUUGGUAGUGGUGGGGGCAAUGGAAUUCCUUGAUUGAUCGUCGUCGGCUCUUGGGUUGAUGAUAUCUUGUGCUUGAUGGCGGUGAUGAAAUCUUUGAUCGCGGGCCGGAACAGGUGCCAUGCCAGAAGUGCGAGAAUUCCGGAGACGAGGAAGAUGAGUAUGGUGAGGAGAGCAGCAAUGCUUGCCAUUUAGAAACAAAACAGAAGGGGAAAAAACAAAACAGAAGGGGAAAAAGGAGGAGGAGGAGGAAUGGAAGACAAAUUCAAGUUCCCGGGGUCUGAGUUUGCCGCAGAGAGCUAAACCAGAGAGGCGGCUCUGUUCGAAAAGAGAUCGGAACAGAGCCUAAAAAUGGCAAACACCCACAUCCAAUCAGAGCCCGCCACAUCAGCCUCCAUCUCUCUGCAUCUCUCUGCUAUAGUAACGGAGGAACUGAAGUCUAAGCAUAUAAGGAUUUAUGCAGACUUAUACCAGCUUGCUGGUGUUGUUGCUGUUGAGGUCACUGGAGAAUAUGCUGGUCACUUGGAGCCCUCACCAUUGAUUUUACUCCUGGCAGGAAGGUGCACACAUCUGAGGGACAUCUUCUAUCAAAUGGGGUUAUCUGACAAGGAUAUUGUUGCACUCUCUCGGGCGCUGGAACCCCUGAAGUUUGAUAACUCAUACUUCAUAGAAUUGCUGAAAGGGGAAUCAGAGGGAUUGCUGAAACUCUCUUCAGAUACAGCUCUGUUAGAUGAUGCUGAGUUCCAUAAAUAUGUUGAGCUAUAUGCAAAGGAUGAGGAGGCAUUUUUCAGAGAUUAUGCUGAAUCACAUAAGAAACUCUCUGAGCUUGGGUUUACUACAAGUUCCUCCAAGAUUGUUGCAAGGGGUAGCACCAUACUGGCACAAGGUGCAGUUGGAGUUGCAAUUUGUGCUGCUGUUGUGAUCCUGGGCUACUUCUAUGAAGUUCGCAAAAGAAUGUAGACUUGCUCAGCUGAUUGCUUUCGAUCCUAAUGAAUAAAUGAUUAAGUGACAGUGAAUUUUGUUUCUUAAUUUUAUUUUCGAUUAGAAUGAGAGAGGUCUGUCUGCACAUCUUUGAUUUAAUUAAUAACCCAUUCCUUCAGCGCAGCUUAGCUGCUGCAUUUACUACUAGAAACAUACAAGUGAAACAUUGAGUCAUUUUGAAGUAAACAAUAUAUUGCACAGCAGACAUGAGUAUUCUCAUCUUACAAAGAAA